CAGUUCGUUGUGCCGCCGCGGCAGCCGGGUUCCCGCCCUGCCCGGUCUGACGCGAUCGCGCCGCCGCGCCGCUUUGUGCUCCUCCCGCCACUGAUGCUGAGUGUUCGGGACUACGGGCUCCGCGCUUGCAUCGUCUGAGGCGGCCGCGAGGCGCCAGAGUCGGCAUGUCGCUGCCUCCGGAGAAAGCCUCGGAGCUGAAGCAGCUCAUCCACCAGCAGCUGAGCAAGAUGGAUGUCCAUGGCAGAAUCAGAGAAAUUCUUGCCGAGACUAUACGAGAAGAAUUGGCACCUGAUCAACAACAUUUAUCAACAGAAGAUCUGAUCAAAGCUCUUAGACGUCGAGGAAUCAUUGAUGAUGUGAUGAAAGAACUUAACUUUGUGCCUGAGAGUGUUGAUCAAGAACUCUCUUCUCCAAAGCAAACAGUUGCUUUUGAUAAGCAAUCAACAUUAAAAAAAACUAAUAUUGAUCCAACACGGAGGUAUCUUUACCUUCAGGUUUUGGGUGGAAAAGCUUUCUUGGAACAUCUGCAAGAACCGGAGCCUUUACCAGGACAAGUUUGUUCAACUUUUACUUUAUGUUUACAUUAUCGGAACCAGCGCUUUCGUUCAAAACCUGUUCCAUGUGCUUGUGAACCUGAUUUCCAUGAUGGCUUUUUGCUUGAAGUUCACAGAGAAAGUUUAGGUGAUGGAACUAGAAUGGCUGAUUCAACAACAAUGUUAUCGAUAAGUGAUCCAAUUCAUAUGGUGCUGAUCAAAACAGACAUAUUUGGUGAGACCACGCUAGUGGCUUCCUAUUUUCUGGAAUGGAGAUCAGUUUUGGGCUCAGAAAAUGGAGUGACCAGUCUGACCGUGGAACUUAUGGGUGUAGGCACAGAAUCAAAAGUUUCUGUGGGAAUUUUAAAUAUAAAACUUGAAAUGUACCCACCACUCAACCAAACACUAUCUCAAGAAGUAGUGAACACACAGCUUGCCUUAGAACGUCAGAAAACUGCAGAGAAAGAACGAUUAUUUCUGGUGUAUGCUAAGCAGUGGUGGAGAGAGUAUUUGCAAAUUCGACCUUCACACAAUUCACGGCUGGUAAAGAUUUUUGCACAGGAUGAAAAUGGGAUAAAUAGACCGGUCUGUUCCUAUGUUAAACCACUUCGAGCUGGACGGCUUCUGGAUACUCCGAGGCAAGCAGCACGAUUUGUCAAUGUUCUUGGUUAUGAACGAGCCCCUGUUAUUGGAGGAGGUGGCAAACAGGAGCAGUGGUGCACUCUGCUGGCUUUUCUCUGUAGGAACAAGCUAUUCAUAUGUCUUUGGGAGCAUAUGCCAAAAGUAGAGCUGUCCUGUGCAUGGCAUCCAGAUAGUCCCUGCCCUCAGUGGCCGGGGCCAUGGGAAUCAGCUCCAGUGAGCAAGGGUGAUUGUGAAGACCACGCCAACCUGCUGUGCAGCCUUCUUCUUGGAUAUGGACUGGAGGCUUUUGUCUGUGUGGGGACCAAGGCUAAGGGGGCACCUCACGCAUGGGUUAUGACUUGUGGGACUGAUGGGACCAUCACGUUUUGGGAGAGUUUAACAGGGCACAGGUACAUCCACAAGCCUACUAAUCCUGAUGGACCUCCACUUGCUGAACAGCCCAAACCAUUGUACCCCUAUCGAACAAUUGGUUGUGUUUUCAAUCAUCAGAUGUUCCUGGGGAACUGUCAACCCUCGGAUGCAGUAGAGACCUGCAUAUUUGAUUUGAAUGAUGAGUCCAAGUGGAAACCCAUGAGUGAAGAAGCAAUUAAGUCUGUGUGUGCUCCAGGGGCUACCACGUCUCUCCCUCCCUUCCCACCUCUGUGCGCAUCCACGAUUGACGCCUCAGUCACAAGCAAUGAAAUCGAAAUGCAGCUGAGACUUCUAGUGUCAGAGCACAGAAAGGAUCUUGGCCUCACUACUGUUUGGGAGGAUCAGCUUUCCUAUCUUUUAUCACCAGCUUUGGCGUCAUAUGAAUUUGAGCGAACAACAAGCAUAUCUGCAGGCAAUGAGGAAUUUCAAGAUGCUAUCAGGAGGGCUGUACCUGAUGGCCACACAUUUAAAGGGUUUCCAAUACAUUUUGUGUAUAGAAACGCAAGGCGUGCAUUCGCCACUUGUCUUCGGUCUCCUUUUUGUGAAGAAAUAAUCUGUUGUCGCGGAGAUCAGGUGCGACUGGCAGUUCGUGUUCGCGUGUUUACCUACCCUGAAUCUGCAUGUGCUGUUUGGAUCAUGUUUGCUUGUAAAUAUCGCUCAGUAUUAUAGGACUAACAUUUCCUAAGAAUUACUCCUGUGUUUUAUUAGAAUGGUAUAUGAGUAGCUGUGUGAAGGCUUCUUAAUUUAAAUUCAGCCUCUGACUUUUGAUGUCAAUGUUUUGUAUAGAUCUGACUGGUAAUGUUUUAAAAUAUCAUGUAUGUACUUAAAAAUUAAGUAUAAAAAAUUUGUAUUGAAUUUAGUAUAAAUUAAGUGUAUAAUAAUAAACGAUACUUUCUUUUGAGGGACUCAGUUUGACUGUGAAUAUAAGAUGUUUACAUUAAGAUAUUUGUCUAGUGAUUUAAGCCAUAGUUAAAUCAAAAUGGUCAUUAUUUUUCAUAAAUGAAAGAUUAUUUUACACAAAUUAGGAGGUUAACUUCUUAAUAGCUUAUUUAUUACAUAGAUGAAAAUAUAUUUUGCUGAAUUAGUAUUUUUGUGGUUUACUCAUGACAUUAGGGAUAUUUGAGGCUUUCCAGAAAUUUUUGAGAAGACUUUGAUGUAAGAAUAGGAAAAAGGGCCAAGUGUGGUGGCAUAGGCUUUUAAUCCCAUGAGAGGCCAGCCUGGUCUACAUAGCAAGUUCCAGGCCAGUCAGGGCUAUACAGUGAAAACCUAUCUCAAAAAAAAAUGUAUCAAAAGCAUAAAUAUUAAUAACAUCUCACAUGAGUAUGUGGGAGUGUAAAUAAUUUAUUGAUAUUAUUAAAAUGAAUUGAGCACUUUAGAAAAUACUUAUUACACUUCCUAGUUACAAAGUGAUUUGACUUUCUCUAUGGAGCUAAUGAUAAAUUUGUCAAGUUUGACUGUCCAUUCUUCUGUGCAGAAGGGUGUUUUGUUUUUGUGAUACUAGAAACCCAGGGCUUCCUGCAUGCCAGGCCAACACUACCACUGAGCUAUACCCACAGUAUCUCACUAUGUAGCCUUUGCUGGCCUGGAACUCACAGAGAUUUGCCUGCCUCUGUGUGCAGUUUCUUAGUUUAGUUGCUUUACCCAUUGGUUGUCUUAAGAUGUAAAUGUAUGCUAGUUCACUAUCCAAAUUAUUUAUUCUUUUCAUUACCUACUGUUGCAAAUAAAAUAACUUUAUUUAUUUA